AAUUCUUGAAUCCGAGAGGGAGGUUCCAAAAGCUGCCCCCACUGUCGACAAUCAUUUCUCUUCUCCUUUGCCACAACUACACGUGCUCCUCCGCUCCUCCCCAUUCCUCUUCUCUCUCUCUCUCUCCUGCGCUCGAGUUAACUGAUCAUUGAUUUAUUAUAAUAAGCGUUAUUGGAAAAUAAAUAAAUAAAUAGAAUCUUGAGAGAGAAGAGAAGAGAAGAGAGCGAUGAAAGGCGUCUCAUCGGCGCCGGGAGAUUACGUCUACUUCAAAUCCAAAGUCCCUCUGCACAAGAUCUCUAUUGGAUCUAAACAGUGGAGAUAUUAUGACUUUGGUCCUAAGGCUGUGCCUCCGCUUAUUUGCCUUCCGGGGAUUGCAGGAACUGCUGAUGUUUAUUACAAACAGAUAUUGUCGUUGUCCAUGAAGGGAUAUCGGGUGAUCUCGGUUGAUAUACCACGCAUCUGCAACCAUCUUGAGUGGAUUCAAUUAUUUGAGAAAUUCUUGGAUUCAAUCAAUGUCUACCAUGUACAUCUUUAUGGCACAUCCCUUGGAGGCUUUUUAGCUCAAAUUUUUGCUCAGCACCGUCCACGGAGAGUUAAAUCAUUAGUUCUUUCAAAUUCAUUUUUGGACACACACAAGUUUGCAGCAGCCAUGCCAUGGUCCCCUAUUGUCAGUUGGACCCCUUCUUUUCUGCUGAAGCGAUACAUCUUAACAGGAAUACGUGAUGGUCCACAUGAGCCAUUUAUUGCAGACUCUGUGGACUUCGUGGUCGGUCAGGUGGAGACAUUGUCAAGAGAGGACUUGUCUUCAAGGUUAAUGUUGACUGUUUCUGCCGCAUCAGUUGGUCCCCUCUUGCUUUCAGAUUCUUUCAUCACAAUUAUGGAUACAAAUGACUAUUGUGCUAUUCCACAACAACUAAAAGAUCAAGUGACCGAAAGAUAUCCUGGCGCAAGGCGAGCGAUUCUGAGAAGUGGUGGUGAUUUUCCAUUUCUUUCACGUCCAGAUGAGGUUAACUUGUACCUUCAGCUUCAUCUUAGACGAGUAGGAGUAGACGCAAAGCCUGACGAAGUUCCUGGCAUCUCAAGGGACGGUAGUGCUGGGGGUUCUGAGUAUGAGAAAAAAUUUGAUGAACAUCCUGAUGACACUCCCCAAGGUGAGGGGGGCUCAGGAGCCCAUGAUGAUGAUCACCUGCCUCAAUCGUUUGGAUCAGAAACUCACAAAACAGAUGGACAAGUCUCAGGUAGUGCUGGUAUUAGCUUUGCACACUUAUUAUAUACCCUCCUACUACUGCAGUCCUUUGCAGAAGCAAUGUACUUUACUUCUAAAACUAUGGUGAAAGCCUAGAAAACCCUGUGUACAGUAUUGAACCUGUUGUGGUCUAGUCUGUGGUUGGAAUGAAUUUUCGUUGGAAACGUGUUUCUUUAUUAUUGUUUGCUAUGGUAAUUCUUUUUCCCGUUUCAAUGAUCUUGUAACAGUUAAAGUCAUGUUGAUGGACUGAUUGACUUGGCACAUCCCAAUGUACAUGUGUAAGUGCUAUUUUUGAGUUUCUGCUGAAACAAAAAAGUCAUUGAUUCUGAAGUUGAAGUUGGA